UUCCAGUGAUGGGGCACCCACAACUUCUCUGGACAGCCUCUUUCAGUGUCUCACCACACUUACCAUAAAGAAAGCCUUCCUGAUACCUGAUCUACACCUAGUCUCAUCUAGUUAUUUUCCCUUUCCAUUUGCGGUCUCUGGUCUGCAGCCUCCACCAUCCAGGUUGGGCGACGGAUUUCUGCAGAAGGGAAGCAGAGGCACCACCCAGCUUUCUAACUUUGGGCUCCAGAGAUGGCUGAAUCAGAACCUAGGGAAGAAAACUAUGAUGACAUGGUAAAGAUGGUGGAGGAUCUGAACAGGGACUUAGAAAAAGUUCUGGAGGAAAUGGAGAAACUAACAGUGCAGGCAACCUGGAUGGCCUAUGACAUGGUAGUCAUACGUACCAACCCACACCUUGCCGAUUCCAUGAGGCGUCUGGAAGCUGCCUUCCUGCAGUGCAAGGAAGAGAUGGAGAAGAAAUGGCAGGAGGUGCUCAGUGAAUCUAAAGGUGAAGAGCAAAAAAAGAAAUAAUUUUAAUUCAGUCAUCCUAGCAGAACUACACUCCUUGGAAAAUCACUCCAGUCUUUGUAUUUUACAGACAUGGGUGUUUCACAGACAAUGGAAAAUGGAUUUGUUUUCACCCUACUGAGAGCUACUUAUGUGUAUACAUCCAUUUGUAUUUAUUUAUUUUUAAAAUACAUGUAUUUUAAUGAGAUUACACACAUAUAUAUAUUUAUUUAUAUUGUUGAAGGCAAAAG